GAAAAAAUAAUUACCUGCCCUGAUUGUUCUAUGAGAAGAUAAAAAGUACACAUACAGUUCAUACAAUAAUCUUAUGAAUGUAAAAGAGGGGGGAACAUGUCGGCUUCUGGUCCCAUAAGCAACUAUUAUGUAGAUUCCUUGAUAAGUCAUGAAAAUGAAGAGCUCUUGGCAUCAAGGUUCCCAGCCACUGGCUCUCACCCUGCAGCAGCUAGACCUUCAGGAUUAGUACCGGACUGUGCCGAUUUUCCAUCCUGCAGUUUUGCCCCUAAACCGGCCGUUUUUACUACUUCAUGGGCUCCCGUGCAUUCUCAGUCUUCUGUGGUUUACCAUCCGUAUACCCACCAGCCUCACAUUGGGGCUGACACCAGGUAUAUGCGCACUUGGUUGGAACCCAUCUCAGGCGCUGUGUCCUUCCCUGGCUUCCCACCCAGCAGCAGGCAUUACGGGCUGAAGCCGGACGCUUUCCCCGGCCGAAGGGCGGAAUGUGGCCCGGUGGACGGGCGUAGUUAUCCGGAUUACAUGUACGGAUCCCCGGGUGAUCUCAGAGACCGAACUCCGCAGACUAUACCCUCUCCGGAAUCGGAGGCAGUCGCUUCGAGCAAACACAAAGAAGAAAAGAACGAAUUAGACCCUAGCAAUCCCGUCGCAAAUUGGAUUCACGCACGUUCCACAAGGAAGAAAAGAUGUCCUUAUACAAAGUAUCAGACCCUGGAACUGGAAAAAGAGUUUUUAUUCAAUAUGUACCUCACACGGGACCGGAGGUACGAAGUAGCCAGAGUUCUUAAUCUCACUGAACGCCAAGUCAAAAUCUGGUUUCAGAACAGGAGAAUGAAAAUGAAGAAAAUGAAUAAAGAAAAAACCGAUAAAGAACAGCAAUAAAGUUGGCAAAGUCAAAUCAAUGCAAGAGAAAGGAGGAGAGGGGAGGGAGGAAGGAAAAGCCGUUUCUUUGGUUCGAAAUGUUUCUGACUUUGAAUGUGCUGAUCAGUGUUUAGAAUUAGUUAAACACAGCCAAGCGUUUGGGAGCACCAUGCUUUUAUAAAAUGCAACUAAAAUAAAAUGAUUUUUUGUCCUUUUCAGAAAACAUAAAAGAAAAGUACUUGAAUUUUUUUUUUAGUAUUUUAUUUCGUAAGUUAAACUUAUCCAGUGUUUUAUUUUUUUAAUUUCAUGACUUUGUGAGUGCAUAUUUUGUACAAAAGAAAAUGAGAAAAAAGGCUCAAAAAUGUUCUGUCAUAGUGUUGGUCUGGUGUACUUAUUUGUGUAUUUUAUUCCUGUCUCAGACCCGUUCUGUAAUAUUGUUAUGUUUGCUAUAGUAGAACAGCUCUAUGUAAAUAUAUACUUAACGUUACAAAAAGAAAAAAAAAAGAAGGAAAAAAAACCCUUAUCAUGCAGGUGUCUUUUAUUUAAACUCCACUUGAGAAACAACAACCAGAGUUUAUUUUUCAAUGGUAUUCAAAACUAUGUUGGGAUUCUUAAAGGAGACACCCUCCUUGCACCAGUGAAUUUAGCACUGAUAAAAAUCGCAGUCUGUUGAAAUGGAAUUUGAAAUAUACCUUAUUACAGGAAGCAAAUGAAGAUGGGUGGAAAGAAAGGACGCUGCUUCCGCUCACAACAUUUUGUAUUUAAUAGCAUAAUCAUAAAAUGCGUUUAGGUAAGGGUUAUACGUGCCAUAAAUUUUUAGGUUUGGAUAAUUAAUUGUA